AUGCGUCGCUUCGCUUGGACUAAAUUUGGAAAACUAUGUGGGGACAUUAUUGUCAUUUCGGGUGAUUUGUCGCGACAUUAUAAGCAUGGGAAAGCGUGUACGCACGUGUGCCCGAGCAAGAUGCUGCUGUCACUUUCCUCACAAGAGAAGCUCGGCCUCUGGGAGCCUCCAACCAGAAAAACGAUAAGGUGGCCAAAGGGAGGCCUCCCGGCCGGGCACGAGGCCGGAGGAGGAAAAAUAGCACAACGACCCCAAUCCGAGCCGACACGAGAGCCACGCCGCAGCAACUCCGGGAGCCGCUACAAGAUCGACCCACGCACGACUGAAAUUGGGGCGGAGAGGCAUCCUCCGACCUCGGCCAAGCCGGAAACGAAGGGCUGA